GAUGGACGAGGCGAGCCUGCUGUCCGAGCUGGUGGAGGCGGCCUCCUUCCUGCAGGUCACGUCGCUGCUGCAGCUGCUGCUGUCCCAGGUGCGGCUCACCAACUGCCUGGAGCUGUACCGCCUGGCGCAGGUGUACGGGCUGCCCGACCUGCAGGACGCCUGCCUGCGCUUCAUGGUCGUCCACUUCCACGAGGUGCUGUGCCAGCCCCAGUUCCACCUCCUGGGGUCUCCGGCUCCAGCCCCGGGGGAUGUCAGCCUGAAGCAGAGGCUGAGGGAGGCCCGGAUGACUGGGACCCCCGUCCUCGUGGCCCUGGGGGAUUUCCUGGGGGGACCCUUGGCCCCUCACCCCUACCAGGGGGAGCCUCCGUCCAUGCUCAGGUAUGAGGAGAUGACUGAGCGUUGGUUCCCGCUGGCCAACAACCUUCCUCCCGACCUGGUGAACGUCAGGGGCUACGGGUCGGCCAUCCUGGACAACUACCUCUUCAUAGUGGGCGGGUACAGGAUCACGAGCCAGGAGAUCUCUGCUGCGCAUUCCUACAACCCCAGCACCAACGAGUGGCUCCAGGUGGCCUCCAUGAACCAGAAGAGGUCUAACUUCAAACUCGUGGCUGUUAAUUCAAAACUCUAUGCCAUUGGCGGGCAGGUGGUUUCUAAUGUCGAGUGUUACAAUCCUGAGCAGGAUGCAUGGAAUUUUGUGGCACCCUUACCAAAUCCUCUGGCUGAGUUCUCUGCAUGUGAGUGUAAGGGGAAGAUUUAUGUCAUUGGAGGAUACACGACCAAAGACCGGAACAUGAACAUUUUGCAGUACUGCCCCUCGUCCGACAUCUGGACCCUCUUUGAAACAUGUGACGUUCACAUUCGCAAGCAGCAGAUGGUGUCAGUCGAGGAGACCAUCUAUAUCGUGGGGGGGUGUCUCCACGAACUGGGGCCCAACCGGAGGAGCAGCCAGAGUGAGGACAUGCUCACAGUGCAGUCCUACAACACUGUCACCCGGCAGUGGCUCUACCUCAAGGAGAACACGUCCAAAUCGGGCCUUAACUUGACUUGCGCGCUUCAUAACGAUGGCAUCUACAUCAUGAGCAGAGACGUGACCCUGUCCACCAGCUUGGAGCACCGCGUUUUCCUCAAGUACAACAUCUUUGCAGAUAGUUGGGAAGCAUUUAGGCGUUUUCCAGCCUUUGGACAUAACUUGCUCGUUUCCUCUCUUUAUCUGCCCAAUAAAAUGGAAAAAUGACUGAAUUGACUUCGUAUUUCAAAGAAACCUGGUUCAAGACAGAAAAAGUGUAGUGUCCCAUUUCCAGGGAGACUGACUUCUACAGGGGAAAUGUGGGUUCGAAGUAGGUCACAUAUACACAGCUGUAAAUAAGCUUACUUGAACUAAUUACUUGAAAACUUGUGGAGAAAAGAGACCAACUUUAUUGUUUUUUCAGUUAUUGGUUUUUAAAUGAUGGGAGCAAAUCCAUGAUACUGUUUUCCUCCAGAGAGGAUACGUACCCUUGGGCCAGUGACUAAAACUGAUCAUUGAAAAGGAGCUUCAUCAUGUCUGCUUAGUAAAGGGCCAAAGUCAAUAAUUGGUGUGAAUGGUAAAGAUGAUUUUAAGAUCUGUUUUAUUCAGGUCACUUGAAAUAUUGUUAAUACCUUAAGUGAAAGGGUUUUUUUGGUCAUUAAUUUACUUCACAAACAUUUAUAUUAACACGUAUUCUCCCCACCUCUCCCCUAAUUAUACCCACAUAUACUUCCAGUGUGUGUAAAAUAGGGUUCUGUGUUCAGAUAUUUUGUUUGUACGUUACCUUGCAGGACGUGGACAGUGAUGGAACCCUACAGUGAAGCCUCACAAGCAUCCAGUCCUCCCCAAAACCUGCAUAUGAACAUUCUCAGCUGUUUUUCCAGGCUUUUUUUUGCAAUUAUGAAUGCUGAGUAAAUAGGCAAAUAUAGCCACUUAUUUCAUUUCUGUGGCAGAUUGCAGAUACAUGUGGACAGAUAAGUUGCAUUGCUUUUUGUUUACUAGAGGAUAUAUUGUUUAAAAGAAUAGAUAUAUAUAUUUUAAACUGAGUCUUAAAUUUAAAUUCAGUUGGGAUGGAAGGGAAAUACCAAAUAAGAAAAACAAUUGCCUUUAAGAGUUACUUUUAUGGAAUGCGUUUGACUUAGUUAUUAUUUUCUUAAGAUUGAAAAAAUAACCUUAUUAUAUUUAGAUCACUCAUCUUUCUAAUUUAAUGUUAGCCUUUUAAUUCAUUCUUUGCUUGUGUGGGGUAAGGUAAGGGUAGCUGUGAACUGUUUGCCCUGGAGAGAGGGGAGGAAGCUCUGAUAGAAGUGGAAUGGCCUCUGGUGCUAGUUCUGAAGUUAGGCAAGGAGCUCUUCUUGCCUUGGUGGUUAAAUCCAGUUGGAACCCAGCUCAAGCAGGUGUUUGUUUUCAGUAAGUCAGUUAACAGGAUAAAAGCUUCUGCCCAUUAUAGAUCAGCAUUUCUUUAAAGACAUACACACAUACUUAUGGAAAUUUUGUUUUGAUUGAAAAACACUCUCUGAAAUUCUCUGAUCUUUUGUAAUGGAUUUUGUUCACCUGUGCACUAGAUUCCAUCCUUUUAACAUUCCAGUUACAGUCAGUGUGCCUCACUUUAAGAAAGUCCCCUAGAAAAACACUGUCACAAGUUCAUGCGUCAGCAGACGCUUACCGAGUGCCUCCAGUGUGCGUUCACCGUGCAGAUGUGGUUUAGAGGAGCUGAUGGCUUCAACAGAGUUCCUCGGUCUAUCGGGAGUCACUACAGGGUCUCUACAAUCAUGGCCUCCUAGAUAUUUAAAAUGAGGGUCUGGUUGUAAAAAUGUUAUUUGCACACUUUUCAGGAACAUUACUUGGUAAAAUGAGGUAAACCUUUAUUGUGGACGUGGAGACAGAUCUUUGUAUCUUGUCACCAAUUAAUCCUAUCAGUAUUCUACUUAGAACACUAGUUUAAGGGUUUCUAAGCCAUAUCCAUUUAUUCUCAAAUACUUAGCCUUUAAAAACAAACAAACAAAAACAACUCUGAGCUGAAAUUUUCCUGGGAAUGAUACUUUAAUAAUAGGUUUAUAUUAAUUUAUAUUCACUAUAGAAUUGAAUUUCUAGUGAUAAAUAAUUUCAUUACAUGUAUUUAAAAAUCUUAUUUAUUUUAGAUAGUGUUAACUUUGGUUGCUACAGAGCUAACUUUUAAAGGCUCAACAUUAUAUAUUCAGAAGAUUCUAGCCAUUUGAAUUAGUUCUGGACAAGCAGUUGGAGAUUGGCUUGUAAAUAACCACACCACAUAAAAUGCAAUAGUAGUCCUGCCAAUUGGUUCUCUUCUUGAUUGCGUUCUUUGGGUCCAUUUUCCUAAUGCCAACAGUUAGAUUCUUGGCCCAAGUGAAGGCAUACUCUGAUCCACAGAGCUCUUUUGAGAAACCAGGUUUGAUGUGUGUGUAUAUGUGCAUAUAUCUCUGCGUGCGCGUGUGUGUAGGCUGGCGUGUUAUACCUCUCUCUAAGACACACAGACGUCUGAUAAGGCUCUGUUACUCUGGCUGCCAGCAGUGCUGGGCAAGGUGGAAGGUGCAGUAGGAACAGAUCAGUGGACUUGGGACAUCCGCCUUCCUGCUGUGCCCAUGAGCUGUGCUGACAUUUUGAGGGUCAUUUGAGUUUAGCUCUGUUCCCUUGUUGGUGCCAGUGUUAUAGGGAAGACUCUACCUAUGUUAAAAGCAAAGUUGCUUUGAAAAUCUUCCCUCAUCCCCCAGGAUUUUGCUCUUUGACACUAUUCCUCUGUUUUCUUCCUUUCUCUAAAUGCAUUAUCUUUUCUGAGAUGCUUCUUUGGGGUGCAAACCUCCCAUUGUGGAGAGGAGAGUGACUGGGAGAACCCCCAGUGGUGGCCACCCUGCCAGAAGCACCCCGUUUACUGAGAAUGGCCUGAAGGGCAGAGAGUGAGUCCUGAGUGUGGGUUGGUAGAGGGGGUUAUAGGUCCUUUCUGUCAUUCUGCCUGGCUCUCUUUUCAACACCUUUAGUUUCAGAGGCCUCUCCCUUUAGUGUUCUUUGAAAGUUUCUGAUGAAUGUGUAAGAGUUGAUUAUUUCAGCAGUGUUGGUUAAGUCAUAACAUUGAAGUACUGAGAAGGUUAUGGAUACUAGUAAGAAACACAUAGAUUAAGAUUAAGCCUGAAUACCAAAGAGAGUUUAACUUUGCCAUUUUUGGGGAACCAAAAUCUGAAGUAAUUCCAAAUGCCUUAGAUACCAAUUAAAGUCAUACUGAGACAGAUAAAGCUCUUUCUCUACAAAGGGAGUAAUUAGUAAGUGCGCGCCCUCUUCCAGUAAACAGUUAUACUUAUUGAGCAGUACAGAUGCCGUGUUUUCAGAUUUCCAGGAAAAGUCAUAACUCUGCCUGUUCGGCAGCACAGGUAGAUGGGAAGGCCUUGGCCUUCCCGAUCAGCCAGUAUGUUAGUGAGCAGUGGCUUAAAGCGGAGCACUUGAGAAACAGCAUAGUGACAGAAAGGUCAUAUGGAUGAGUGCUGCAUGCCUUCCUCCUAGCCAGGGGCGGGGCGUAUAGAACAUCUAUGCCGUCAUUCUUUCAGGGCGGCCUUACGAGGGAGCGACACUCCUUUCCUCUGUGCCAGGAAUUGGCCGCAGAAUCCAUGUCCUCAGCACAUCCACUGCCAGUCCAUCAGAGAGAGAUGAAGUCUGUCAUCCCUGCUUUAGACGAGUGAAUGAGUUAGGUGAGUAGAUACUACCCAAAUUGGCUUUGAAAGCAGUGAGGCAAUUUAGCCCAGGGCCCCAGUUCCCAGAAAUGUUUACCGCAUGUCCAUCAUGUGUGCGACAAUGCUAAUAACAGGAUACUGAUAGAAAUAAGCCACCAUCCCUGACCUUGAAGAGCUUACCACCUUGUGCAGAUGUUCACUCUAAUCAUAACUAGAGUGUCCUUCAAAUAUGCCCACUUCUGUCAGGAACAUGGGGCCCUCUGGCUUGGCCCCCUCUUCAGUCCUGGUCCAAUCUGUCCAUUAACGAUUUACUAAUAGUCAUGAACCAGCUUUUCUGUAAAGUCGAACAUCACGUUUUUGUUUUUUAUGGUAUGCUUUGUUUUCUCACUACUAUCCAUAGUCUUCUCUGUACUUCAUUAAAAAAAAAAAAAAUUACGUGAUUCUUCUUUAUUUAACCUACUAGGCACCACAGCCUAUGGAGCCGAGGGCUCAGCAGCUUGAGCCCUCUAGGAGGAGCAAAGCCAGGGAAGUAAGUACUGAGAGAGAGGCGAGCUGUGUGCAUGUGUAUUUAUACCUAUGCCUUUAAAACACUUCUGUAAAAAGUAUUAGAGGAGUUAUCAUUAAGACACUAGUUCUGACGAAAAGUCAGUUGAUUUUGUCUUUGUGCUAACUGUAAGGGUAUUUUCCAUCCUUAUGUUUCAGUCACAUAAGAGUGUUUUUCUUUUCUUGUGUUAACUUCAGAAACAAUAUAAAAUGCACACCGGUUGACACAGGCUGACUUCUGCACUUGACGUAACCAUUUCCAUUUAUUCCUCCAGGAGACAGAUGAAAGGUAGAAGAUUGUCAAUUCUGAGGAGCAAACGUGUACUGUAAUUACUUUGGUAGGGUUGGCUGGUGCUUUCUCAAAUGGACGUCAUAGUUUGUUACUAGUAAAGAAAAGGAAAAUGUAAUCUGCAUUGUUGUGUCGUUUUUCUAAAAAAACCCCAAAACUAAAUAGGGGCUCCUUAGAUGUCUCUGCAGUGUUUUCAUAUCUAGUGGACAUUUUGGGGGAAAUGAUAAUCUGUAGAAUGAAUAGUUCUGUUAUGACUGAUACUUUGUUAUCAAGAUUGUAUUGAGUCUGAAAUGUGUGGCUUCAAAUGUAAACAUUAUCAUAUGGUUCAUUUAAAUGCGAUGAUGCCUAUGAAGCACUUGCCCAAACAGCGUUCGUUUUGUGUUUAGAACUCUAGAAGGAAACCUCUUCAAAUAAAGUAGUUCUAAAGCGGC